AUGCUUGCUACCUCGAUCUUCCAGGGUCACAUAGACACUAGUGAGACUGAACUAUCGUUGGCAUUGCGUGAUCUUUUCAAGCCAAUUGUCAAAAGUCUUCAUAAUGUGGAUCACAAUAGUUUAGCAGUAGCCUUUGGUGGAGUUCCAUCGAUGGCCAACGUUCGGUCAAGAAAUAUCGUCGACGGACAAACGGUCGAUUUGUUUUACGAGGAAAGUCGAUUCGUAAAAGAUCUCCGCCGGUACAAAACAGAAUACAACAGAAUUUUUGAAAAUGGAAGCCCAGUCCCCCAUAAUUACGGGACGAAUUCACCAGACAUCGCAGUGUUUUGUUUCACUGAGGUAGAGCCGGCAGAUGUCAUCAGGUCUACAUCAGCAGGAAAGAAAUCUGCUGCCAAGGUUGCCUCUUCUCCCAAGGACAUCGCCUCUCCUCGCACACAAACUCCUUCAUCUUCCAUUCCUAUCCUCGAAGAGCACAUUCCAGCCAUUCAACAUGUUACCCCUCCUGCUUCGAAUCCUCCCUUGGUUCCACGGCGGUCAUGGGCUCAGGUGGUAGCGGAUCCAACGAAGCAAGCUUCCCAAAUCCAAUCUAAAAUGUCCGAAAUUCCGCCUUCGAACAUAUUCCUCUCUCCAAAUGCGAUUGCUGGGCCAUCGGUUCGUCGCGAAAAGACUCGUGCUGGGAGGUCCGACCCAAAGAAGAAUCCCUCUUCUGGAGAUAGAAAAAUCCCGGCGACAGCUUCCGUAAAACCACCAUCUCUUCCCCCAAAACGUCCUCAAAUCGCAAAGAAAGGGUCACAGACUUCUUUGGAAGCUCAGAAGAAUACGAAGAAGAAGAUUUUCAUCCUCCCCUCCCUGGUGGGAGAACUGAAAGAUAUCACUACCCCCGUAGAAAAGGUGGUCUGCCAGGGAUUAGCCUAUUUAUUAACGGCGAACGAGAUCGCUGGAACUUAUAUUGGUCUGUUAAUUCGUGGCUAUACCUUCGCUAUAGUGAUCGCUCUUACCCCCGAUGUCUACAUUGUCAAGUCCGCCUCAAGUCUGCAAGAAACAGACGGUAACAUCAAGGAGCCUGUGACGCUUGAUGAGUACCUGCAGGAGUGCUCCGGUCUACCCGACAGUUUCGGAACGAUGGAAGAGCCUAAUCUUUCAGGCAUUCGGACAGUAUGGCAACUGCUAUGCCAUGCAGCUGAGCUCAUCGUCGAUCAUCCCCUGCACCAACCAUUACCUGCUCUUAAGAUCGGCGACAGUCCUCUCAUUCAUAUCUUUCGAGAAGCUACCCUAAAGCAUAUAAAUGACGAAUACACCGGGAAGCGCAUUGCCCGUACUGUCAGAUCCGAGGUCGAUCGUGGUGGAUCAAAGGGAGAAUCACGAAGUAGUGGAACAGAUGGAGAUGGACCAGGGGAAUCAGAUGAUGGUCAUGACAACCAAAAUUCUGGGGACGGUGCAGGUGGGCGAGACAAACUGAAGGGCAAGGAGCGGCAGAACGCAGUAGCUACUGCUGACACCUCGUCAAGCAGCGCUGGAACAUUGACUGGUUCAACUUCAUCUCGAUCUUCCGCUGCUCGACCCAUCACUCCAUACGAGGCUUACAUCCUGCCAUCUUUGCUUCCAUCCUCUUCCAAUGUCUCCAAGUCUCCCACCUCCCGCAUCAUUACACCCUCGUCCAUGCCGUCUCUGUCUGCUACUCGCGAGGAGCCGGAAGAGACAAUCCUCCCUUCAGGUUUUCGACCCAGUGACUUCCCGCCAGCAGAUGCUGACGAUUUCCCUCUUGAUCGGGAAGAGGAAUACCUUGAUGAAGAAGAACUCGAAAAGCAGAAAGAAUCGAAUGAUUCGUUUUUAAGAAAUCGAGCCAUCCUCAGGAAAAGGAAGAUCAAGAUUAUCCCUUUAUCUUCGACUUUGUUCGACAUGGUUUUAGAAGAGGUUAUGGGAGGGAUCAGUAAUCUGUAG